AUGGUAACUGCAACAGGUGUUGCCCUUCCUCCUGUCUAUGUCUUUCCUCGUGUUCAUUUCAAAGACCAUUUUUUAAACGGCGCUCCGGUUGUAAGUCUUGGUUUAUCUAACAGAAGUGGCUGGAUGAUGGCAGAAUUGCACGUUGAUGUUCUUAAACAUAUUCAACGGCACACAUCAUGUACCAAAGAUAAUCCAAUUUUAAUUAUAUGUGACAAUCACGAGUCACAUGUUUCAAUUCAAGCAGUGAAUUUUUGUCGCGAUCGUGGAAUCGUUUAUCUAUGUCUUCCGCCACACACAUCCCACAAACUACAACCACUGGAUGUAAGCGUUUUUGGCCCCUUUAAAAGCAGAUUUAAAAUAGCUUUUAACGACUGGCAUAUUCGAAAUGUCGGUAAAACUUUAUCCAUCUAUAAUAUAGCAGAGCGUACCAAAUCGGCCUUCCUAGAAUCUUUUACGCCAAGAAACAUCACAAGUGGCUUUUCAAAGCCUGGGAUUUGGCUAUUCGAUGGACUAGCAUUUGGGGAUGACGAUUUUGCUCCAAUAGAAGUUUUUGAUGCUGGAUUUCAGAACGAAGGUGAUGAUGGUGGCCUGGAUUUAGACAAAUUGGAAGUUGAUUUUGUGGGAAUCCAGACAAGUCAAGAUAGAGUUAGCGAAAACUCUGUAGGAGACGAGAUUUUAGCUAGGGAAGCCGAUCCUCUUAGUCACCAGUCGGACAUUGCUGCACCUCCAAACCUUGCUUCAUCAUUUUUGAGCGUAACUCCAUCUCCAAAUGUUUUCCCAUCGACUUCUCGAAUGUUUUGUCCCCUGAAGCUGUAA